GGGAUAUGGUGUCUCAUCAGAACCAUAUCCAAAGUCGCCUGACCCCAACGCGACCAGAAAAUCGAUGUCUAGGGGGGCGGACGACAAGGUGUCUACUCCCAGGAACUCAUGUGUCUACUGUAGGGGAGAGAACCAUAUCAAGAGGGAUUGCCCGGACCUCAGACGGGCAAUAGAAGAGGGACUUGUCGUGCUUGACGACCGCAAGUACGUCAAGUGGGCAGAUAAUCUCGGAGAUGUAUCGAUGUUCCCUUCGAUGAAGGAGAAUAUCGAAGCAAGGAGAAUAAAGACAAGAAAAGGAAUGGAGCCGGUCAGAAGUCAGAGCAUCAAGAUAACCUUUGAAGGGGAUAUGGCAACCACACCGAUAAGGGUGGCAGCCACCAAGUCGUUGAAAGGGUCUACAUCGAAGAAAACUGACACGGACUACGUGAUGACAGAGAGAGACGGGCAGCGAAUUGAUGGAGAGGAGGUUAUCCUUUCGCCGCGGAAACGGGGAGUGAAGAAGUUUUUAAUGAAGAGUUCGCUGGAUGAGAUUGACACGGUCGAGCCGCUAAGGAGGGCUCUUCGACAGUCCAUGCAAUGCUCUAUUCUGGAGUACCUAGCGGCAUCGAAGCCGGCUCGCGAUGAGUUACAGAUGAUCACGCGCAAGACUCGCAUACGUCUAUCAGAGGAGGAGCAAGGGGCCCCUAAGGCGGAAGCUUCUACAGUAGCAGUGACGGGGGUGACUGCAAGAGCGGAUCGCAUGGCAACAGUCCUUCUAGAUGGAAUGGAAGGCGUGCCUCCAGACAAAUUUUAUAUACUUGGUAGUGGGGCAGUGGAAACAAUUAUAAACGAUGGAGCGGUACUUGAUGCUGUGAUCGAUAACGGCAGUGAGGCAGUCAUCAUAGACGAGGACCUGGUAGUACAGGUUGGACUGGGCCUCGAUAGAUCAUACCUAUUCGAGAUAGAGACUGCUGAUGGUAGAAAGCAACAGAUCACAGAGCCCCUCCCCGGGUUUCCUCACAGCGGCGGUCGCGGAGGUGGUCGUCAGGGCGGCCGCGGGCGAGGCGGACGUGGAGGUCCUGGCGGGAGGCGUAGUGUCGCGAGUCGUGGAAGGGCAGUGGACGAGCUAGUACGCAAGCCUCGACAGCGAUGGGAUGAGGGAGACUUUUUGUACGAGAGCUCGUCCAGCGAUGACGAGGAUUUCUUCGGGACUGGCAGGCCUGCACAGGAUGGCGACAGCAAUUUCGAUGACCAUCACCCGAACAUGGGCGACGACGAUGGCGCCAGUGGCGAUGAUCACGGUGACGGAGGAGAUAGGCCACGCCCUGCACAUGGUGACACGAUGCGCGCCGACGGGGCAGGGGGCGAGCACCGCACAGCAGUAGAUGACGCUCGAGAUGGAGUGCAUGAGGAUGGUUCACGACCUAUUCCAGUUUCUGAGGACUCUUUCAGCGAUCACGGCGGCGAGGAGCGGAUCGAGCUGCAUGGCGGGAGCGGUCAUCCACGAGGUGACACUUCGAGUAUGCACGCGACAGCUCCGAUGGGGCCUUCCGCAGCAGUCCCAGAAUCGCAACAGGGUCCAGCACCGUUGAUGCGUCAUCCCAAGGUUCAUGGAGAGAUCAGUCCUCUCCCGGCAGUGCGGGACGAGGGUUCUGUCGGUGCACUGCAUCCACUCACGUCUGCCGGAGUGGCAGUCUCAGUUGCAGCGACCUCGGAUGUGRGACAACCACUGGCAGCGGCGGAGCAAAAAAGUAUGCUCCCACCUCGCAGUGUUCAACCGCGGCCACCGCCUGCAUUGAUGGAGGGGAGUCAGGGGACCGUUGUUGUGUGUCAAGACGACGAUCUCCCAGAACGUGAUAUCUCACACACUCCCGCAGCCGAGCAGAGCGCCGUAGACCAUGUCGGCCUCGCAUGCCCCACCGGCAGUCUUCCGGGUACAGGCGAGUUAGUGACCAUGGACUCUGCGCUUGUUUCUCUACCGGACUUGUCGACGUUGAUAUCCUCAGGUCUACCCCAUGUGUCACCGCCCAAGCCACAACAGCAUGUUGUUAUAGAGCGUGGAUCGGACGGGUUUGACGUGGCAGGAGGCGAUAUCGCCGAUAUGAUUACGAGCCCAAUGGUGUCUGCCACGCCCACAAUUUUUCGUGUUGGCAAACUACGCGAGGUGGCCCUUGGUUUGGCGGAGACCGCCACGCGACACCGCCGCGACGGUCAGCGCAGCAUCGCGCAACGCAGUCUUUCUCAUUCGUUUGACGGCGCAAAGGAAGUGUCUCCGGGUGGGCCAGUUAACACACUCGAAAGAGAAGCAAGACCCCCAAGUCCGCCGUCAAACUUAGAGCAUCAUCCGAUUGCCGCGGCUGUCGGCGCAGAUGCGGGCGUCCYCGUCACAAACAGURGCGCRRACGCGACAGAACAGCUUGUGGUUGGGUCAUCGGCGACAGCACGRCGCGACARARCYACURUUUUGCCGACAGUGGCAUUYUAUGCYAGCGGGAAGAGUACUGGGGGGAUGGAUGAGCAGGGAGUCYGGAAUGUUGGYAGGCCAUCUGCACCGUCUAUKGGGAAACRAUCCAUUGGGAGUGUGGAUGGUGCUCGGCACACCGCCAUGGCCGAGUUUGAGGACCGACACGGGAGUGCUUUGCCGACGAAGACGUCUGAUGUCCAUGCUACGAGAGCCUCAAAGGCGAGUCUUUCUCGGGUAAGGAAGAAGGCCUCGGCAAGGAAGGCGUCACGUUCAUCCUCACAUAUGCGUUCCCGAGAGAGAGGAUCGGGCGUUGUGCAUCUCGAKGACGGAGAGAUUGCACCUGACGGCGACGCAUUGGAUGUUGGAGGGAGGGAUGCAACGACGACGGAUAUCGUCGGCAGGGAGGGCACAGGGAAUGCAGUGGCAGGUCAGAAGAGACGCGGCAGUGUACUUAUUGUCCACGACGACAACACAGAUGUCGCCCGGGGAGAGACCACAGGCGCUGAUGAUGCAGGGGACUCCGAUUACGUACCCAAACCACGGGCGGCAGAUGGAGAUGAUGGAGGAGGGCGACGAGUGAGACCGAGGACACGACUCGGGCCGCAAGGGCAGCGAGCACAGGGAACACCAUCGGCGAUGAUUCCUGCCCCCAUAGAUCGGCGAGCUCAGGCGCAGCGGUUGCUGCGCAAAAUGGAGGCCACUCUUUAACAAACGCACGGGUUAUCGCUUGGCCGC